AUGCUCACCACAAACUUUUCAAGAUAUCCCAAAGGCACUGAAUGGCAAAAGCGAUUCGAUAUUUUUGGCCACGGCCUUUUCAAUUCUGAUUUUGAAGAGUGGACAAUACAAAGAAAAGCUGCCCGGGGAUUCUUCACUCACACAAAAUUUCAUCAGCUCACUGCCAAAGUCGUCCCGGAAAUUAUUGAGAAAGGACUCAUCCCAGUUUUUGAACAAGCCUGCAAUAAUGAUCUAGCUGUGGAUUUGCAGGAUUUGUUGAAGCGGUACACAUUUGAUUAUGCGAUGAUUAUCGCCACCGGAUGUAACCUGAAAUCUCUUUCUGUUGGAAUGCCGGAAAUUCCAUUAUUGAAGGCGUUAGAUUAUGUGGGCGAAGUGAUAUUUUUUAGGCAUAUUGUGCCGGAAACACUUUGGAAGUUGCAAAGAUUGUUGAGAAUUGGGAAAGAAAGAAAAUACAGAGAUAGCUGGAGCGUUAUUGAUGAAUUCUAUCAGAAUGUUCUGGUUAAACAAGAUGAACCCAGAAAAGAUGAAGAGAGUUUCAAUCUUUUGAACCUUUACCUGAACCGAAAUGAUAUCAUUCAACCUAGAGAUAACGAUGAGGAAGUCAUGAGAGACAACGUAAUAAGCACCAUUUUCGCCGGCGAAGACACAACAGGUGCUGCACUUUCUUGGUUCUUCUGGUUGCUCUCAAAGAACACUGAAGCUUUCCGUAAAAUCAGAGAAGAGAUUAAACUCAAUGAAGCACCAAAAGACGCAAACAAAGGUGACGAGGAUCGUCCUCGUUUGUUUAAUUUCGACGAGCUGAGCAACCUUGUUUAUCUGCAUGCAGCUUUGUGCGAAUCCUUGAGGUUGUUCCCCUCUAUUCCUUAUGAAACCAGGACGCCAGUACAGCAAGACAAGCUUCCAAGCGGUCAUAGAGUGAAUGAAAAGACGAUAGUAAUAAUUUCUACGUAUGCAAUGGGGAGAAUGGAGACGGUGUGGGGCGAAGACUGCUAUGAAUUCAAGCCGGAGCGAUGGAUAACAGGCGAGGGAAGAAUUAAACAUGAGCCCUCUCACAAGUUUUUUACCUUCAAUACGAGGCCAAGAUUGUGCCCCGGCAAAGAAGUUGCUUUCAUUGUAAUGAAAGCCAUUACAUCUGCUAUAAUUUAUAACUAUGAUAUUCAAGUGCUAGAAAAUCACCCCGUGAUUCCUACUCUUAGUGUCAGUUUACGCAUGAAACAUGGAUUAAUGGUUAAGAUUAAUAGGAAAUCAUAUUGA